AUGCAGAUGGUCGGCAAGAGUUACGGUCUCUGGAAGAAGGGAGCCCCUCUAAGCGGUGUCAAGGCAGCCCAGGCAGAGGGGAGGGGUACCGAGUCGGGGCUGGAAUGGGCCAGCAUCGACCAUUACCCUGUUUGGGUUGCAGAUCAAAUCGAAAACUACCUUUCGGCAGAACCAGGGCAGACGGAGAUGAUGAGGAGGGAGCUCGAACGAACUCUCCUGGAGGAGCCUCUCUGUUCGGCCACUGUCAAGUUUGAUGGCACGUGCUUCGGAAAGCUGGACAAUGGCAAUCUCUCUGGGCGCCGCCACCAGGUGGGUAAAGCUUGCGAGAGCUACCUCCACACCAGCACCGCCGCAUGCAAAAAGUGCGACAUCGAGCUUGUGCGUGCAGAGCUUUCUCGGGUCUUCGGUGCAGAACUCACCGCAGGUUCCGUCUGUGUUUGGGGAGAACUUAUGUGCAAUCCUGGAUACUACGAUUACCUUGCACGUGGGCUUGCUGAGAAGUGGAUCUGUUUCGGAGCAGUGGUCAAGCUCCCCGAGUCGCAGGAAAAGGGAGAUACCCUGGCAUGGUCGAAGAAGCUCGAGAAGCAUGGCUUCGCACACAGCAUCGCAGCAGAGGGCCAGAAACUGCGACUACUUCUCUGCCCUGCCCUGAGGCAGCUGCUGACUAAAGCAGGCUGCGAUGUCACAGAUGACGCGCAGCAAUCAACCCAUGCCAAACUCGUCUCGAGCAUGGCGAAAAGUCUUGCAGCCGGAGAAAACGAAGGGAUUGUGCUGGUGUUCCGCAGGGGCAACUUCGGCCAAGCCUCUAUUCGGAAGUGGAAGAACUCGGCUGAAGGCGGAAAUGUGAGCAAGAAGCACGCAGAGCAGCUAAAGAGCCUGAAAGCACGAGAUCUCCAGGAUCUUGGUAUGCUCGAUGCUCGGAUUGCUGACAUGGUGGAGACCAUGAUCCAGGUGGCUGAAGCAGCAACAACCGCCCCAAAACUGGGAAGAAAAAAGCUGCCGCUUGCCAGCGCCCAAACUUAG